GAGGACAAGACACGGUUUCUCCGGGUUCGGGUUUCAGCGUCAGGGGGGUCCGCGGCUAUUAAAGAUUUUUGACCCGAGAGAAGUUGUCAACAAGAAAGACGCGUAGCAAAGACGCAAACUGGCAGCUGGACAAGUCCACGUACAUGCACGCGUGUAUUCCCGCCUAAAUAUAGACGCUUUUCCGCUUUCCUGCGAAGUCGAGGGUCGGUUCGCGCGGUCCCCUCCGGCGGGGAGUCCUCGCAUGGACUGACAUGGCCGCCGACCUCGCCAUGAGCGCGGAGCUGCCCAGCAGCCCCUUGGCCAUCGAGUACGUCAACGACUUCGACCUGAUGAAGUUCGAGGUGAAGAAGGAGCCGCCGGAGGCCGAGCGGUACUGCCACCGCCUCCCGUCGGGCUCGCUGUCCUCCACGCCCAUCAGCACGCCCUGCUCGUCGGUGCCGUCCUCGCCCAGCUUCUGCGACGCGAGUCCCGGCGCGCAGCCCGGCCAGAACCUCUCCGUCGGCGCGAGUAGCGGCAGCGGGGGAGGCGGCAGCGGCACUACCGGCAACGUGAACGGGGGAAGCGGCGGGAAGCCUCCGCUGGACGACCUGUACUGGAUCCCCAGCUACCAGCACCACAUCAACCCGGAAGCCCUCAACCUGACCCCGGAGGACGCGGUGGAGGCCCUCAUCGGCAACGCGCAGCACCACCACCUCCACCCGCAGGCCUACGACGGCUUCCGCGGGCAGCAGUACGCCGGGGAAGACUUAAGCGCGGCCUCGCACCACCACCACCACCACCCGGCGCACCUGCACCACCACCACCACCACCACAGCAGCCACCACCACCACCACGCCCGCCUGGAGGAGCGCUUCUCGGACGAGCAGCUGGUCAGCAUGACGGUGCGGGAGUUGAACCGGCAGCUGCGCGGCUUCAGCAAGGAGGAGGUGAUCCGCCUCAAGCAGAAGCGGCGCACGCUGAAGAACCGCGGCUACGCGCAGUCGUGCCGCUUCAAGCGCGUCCAGCAGCGCCACAUGUUGGAGAGCGAGAAGUCCAGCCUGCAGAGCCAGGUGGAGCAGCUGAAGCAGGACGUGGCGCGCCUCGCCAAGGAGCGUGAUCUUUACAAGGAGAAGUACGAGAAGUUAGCGAGCAGGACCUUCUCCGCCAAGCAGGCCGACUUUUUCAUGCGCCCGUCAUCCACUGCUGUGCCCGAACUCCGAGCUCCUUCCUCGGCCUGCCUGCCUGCCAUCUGCCGCUGACUUUUUUUUUUUUUUUUUUUUUUUUUUAAAUCAAAAAUGACUUUAUUAUUUAUUACCAAUGACUUCAUUCGUUGCUUGUAUUUAUUACCCAUGACUUCAGGCGUGAAGAAGACAAGAAAAAUGGUCAAGUCAGCAUUUUGUCCAAGCUGCAUGCAGGACAUGUGAGGACUUUCGGUUUCUCUUUUGCUUUUUUUCCGAUUAUUCGUGGGUUGGGGGUGGGUGGGAAAUCUUUUUUCAAUCAUUUAUUUUGUAUUGGCGAGUGUACAUAGUGUUUUAUUAUAUCUGAAAGGUUUUGUCCUAAUGAAGUCUUAAUUGCAAAUGUUACAGCAUGCAAAUCUGUAAUUCGUUUUUUUCUGCACUAACAAGACUUUUUUUUUUUUUUACGUGCUCUAAAAAUCCAAAAUACAUUUUUUUUUUCUUCCCGAGGUGAUUUCGCUGCUAAAACUCUAUGCACCCACCUGAUCAUUUAUAAAAACAACUUGAACUGAUUUCAUGUAUUCAUCUGGUUGUUUUAAUCAUCAUAAUAAUAAUGUUUUUUGUGUGUGAUAAUCUGACAACAAUUCCCUGCAAAUAUGUGCAUUGUUGUGCACAAGUGUGCUGGUGGAAAUAACCCCAAUUCCUUAAAAAAAACAAUACAUGUGAGAGGAAUAUUUUCUCUUAUUAAUAAUGAUAUUUAAUAGCAGCAAAGCGAGUCUUAAUUCAAAGUCUGGUGAGAGAAAGCAAACUUGUGCACAGUGCUGUCCAUGUUG